GGGCUGAGCAAUGCCACAACCAAGUUUCUGCAGCUGGAAGACUUUCAGUGGACUAUAGACUCACCAAAGCCGUGCGUUCAAAGAGCGCACACACAACCACUUCUCUGCGCGCUCUACGGGAAAAGACCAGAAAAGAAUCCAACGGCGGACUUUCUUUAUCCUGGAGCGCUGCUUUCACCAUGAGCGCCGGACAGACGUAUGAGAAGAAGAUUGCGAGUAUUUUGACCGAUCUUCCCGGAUCUAUGAGUUGCCACCCGAACUCCAAGGACUCUCCUACUCUGCCCGAGUCCUCGGUGACGGACAUGGGCUACUACAGCGGACAGACGGCCCACGGUCACCACGAAUACUACCAGAGCCAGCCGUACGGACAGCCCAUGAACUCUUACCACCAUCAGUUUAAUCUGAACGGAAUGGGAGCUGCUGGAGCGUACGCGACCAAAUCUGAAUACCCCUACACGAACGGCUACAGACAGUACGGACAUUACAACAGAGAUCACCUGCAGGCCUCACCUCCGGGCUCAGUGAAAGAAGAGCCAGAGCCCGAGGUCCGCAUGGUGAAUGGAAAGCCGAAAAAAAUUCGGAAGCCGAGGACGAUCUACUCCAGCUACCAGCUCGCUGCUCUGCAGAGGCGCUUCCAGAAGGCGCAGUACCUCGCACUGCCCGAGAGAGCGGAGCUGGCGGCGCAGCUCGGCCUCACUCAGACACAGGUCAAGAUCUGGUUCCAGAACCGGAGAUCCAAGUUCAAGAAGCUGUACAAAAACGGCGAGGUUCCUCUGGAGCACAGUCCUAACGCCAGUGACUCCAUGGCCUGCAACUCCCCUCCUUCCCCCGCAGUCUGGGAGAACAGCACCCCUCAGAGCACCCCGAUCAGCAGACCUCAGGUGCCGCAGCCGACGCACAGCUCCUCGCCGCCGUACAUGGAGGAUUAUAACAACCACUGGUACCAGCAGGGAUCACACCUACAGCACCCGGGCACCGUGCACCACCCAGUCCCGCAGCAAAGUGUGGGAGCUGUUUAUUAACACUGACUCAAGAGCAGAUUUUUCUCUCCUCAUUUUUUUUCUCCAAACGAGGUCUGUCCACCACAAUGACUCUGCAGAGAAAAUGUUGACUGGAUUUGGAGCAGGCCUGAAAUGAAACAUUACUCUUUCUUUGGUUUUGGAUGAUCGAGAAUGUUUCAGAACUGGGUUUCCAUUCACAAAGCACAUAAGGGAUUUCUGAUCACUUGUGGCAGCAUAUUUAAAGGACAUCUGGCGUGUUUUUUUUAAAUUAUUUAUCGCUUCUGUUGUAUUUCCUUAACUUCUUUUGUAAAUGAAUAUGCAACGUUUUUGUUUUGUUUUGUUUUUUUUAAACAAGUAGCCUAACCACAAACAGAAUAAUGACAAAACUGUGCGGUUGAUCCAUGCUACAAUCAAAUCGUGGGUUUGUAGAGAGUGCUCCAAAAGAAACUCAGGUCAUAUUUAUAAGGAUUUGUACAAAAUAUCGAAGGCUGUAAAUACGUGUUUAUAUGCAGAACCACUAUGAUCAUAUUUGUUUGAACGACUGCACUGUGGUGCUUUCAAAACCAUUUUUAUAUCCAUGUAAUUAGUCCACUUGUUGCCUUCCUGUCAAUUGAAUAAAGGUGUUAAUUGCA